AAUGCAGUCGAGAGCGGCCCACAGUAAGUAAUUUUCGGAGUCAUUUUCUACCCUUUCUAGUAUAUCUGCGAGGCUGAUAUUGCCUAUCAGAGGCAAUUGCAUCUUGGUGACUGUUUCAACAAUACUCCCAAAUACUCUCAACCCAUUAUGAAGAAGCAACUACUGACUCCAAAUGAUGUAGUGUCAGCAUUGUAGAAAGAUUGGUAGGCACAGUUUCUGGAGCAUUUCUCCUCCCACUGAGGUGAUGGCUGAUCGAUCAUGCCUAGGUGGUUCUUGCACUUACGAAACAAAACGCGUAAAGCCAGGACUCAAGGCAGGUGCCGUAGAAAGUUUGCAUAGAAGGCUAGAUGCUCUUGAACAACAUGUUCGGAAUCGUGACCAGCGGGAUGUUGAGGCUCAAGAUGAUAUUUUGCCAACAAAAGGACCAAGCAGCAACACCCAGGAGACCAUCGCCCUCAACAUCGUGUCCUUGUUAGCCAAGGAACUCCCGAAGCUCGUUGAUAGCUCGUCACAAAAUCAUUCCUCUAGUGACGAUCAUUCAUCCCUUCCUCGGAAACGGAGACGCACCGAAGAUGAGGAUACGGGAUUGUCAAUCAAAGCACCUGCGAUCAGCAAAGUGACAGAGCUCCUGGGUGACAAAAUUCUCGAACUUGUCAUUACCGCUUACUUCUCUCAUGUGCAUCAUUGGAUACCUAUGAUUCAUCAAGAACGGUAUCGUCAAAGGAUGGAUGACCCUCAUGAGAGGCGAAAAAUUGCUGUCUUGACUCAUGCCAUCACUCUUGCUGCCUCGAAGUAUGUUCAGGAUGAGCAAAUCACUAGCGUUGUGCUUGAUCAAUCGACCAGGAGAGAUUGGAUUGUGUAUACGGCCAUGAAUGAGUUAUCCGUGGAAAGUAUGCAGGCACUCAUAAUUGUUGCCUACAAUGAUAUAAGCAGCGGAAAUUCCGAGAAAGCAUGGUCAGUGGUUGGAUCGCUUACUCGAACUGUGGAAUAUCUCCAAUUAUCAAUAGAGCAAGAGAGUAUGGAUAGCCAACCACUGUGUCAACCAUACCGCUUCCUUAGCAGUACAAGAGACUGGACUGAGCUUGAAGAGCGGCGGCGGGUAUUUUGGAACGUGUUUAGCCUGGAUAGAUUGUGUUCGGUGAGCAUGGGCUGGAACACGAGCCUCACAUCGGAUGAUGUGCAUCGUCGAUUACCAUGCGAUGGCAUCUACUGGCGAAAACAAGAUCAUGUCAUCACCCCUUACUUUGGCAUUUGGGAUAGAUCAGCAAGUCGUAUUGGAAACCCGAUUAUCUAUAUGCCCUCGAAUCAACAAGCUUCUGACCAGGCCUGGUCACCUGAUGCUCGAAGCCAAGCAGAUUCAGGGUCAUCGUCUAUAGGCGGGCAAGUCGCGGUUAUGGACAUGUCUACAGUGGGUGCAUACGGUUACGCACUAGAAGCCACUGAGUCGAUGAGCCGUGUAACCAGCUAUUUUCUGCAGCAGAAAGUCGAUAUGCGCGACCGAGAAAGCGUCGAUCUUUGGCUUGCGCGUUUCAAGGAAUUGGAUUUGCGACUAGUUUAUUGGAAGAUGUUGCUGCCCCAGAAGUGGAAAGCCAACAUGACUCGAAUUCACACUCCUAAAAUGGACCCAAACUUAACGCUGGCGCAUGUUACACACAAUUCUUCGAUGAUCAUGCUUCACCAACCGAUAGCUUAUCCUUCACUUUUUUGGGCUUUCAGUAACAAGCUUCCUAGUGCCUGCAGCGCUGAGACAUGUUAUUCUGCAGGCGUAGAGAUUGCUAAGAUCACCCAAAAUUACCUGAGGUUCGCCGUAAAGACGAUGCCUAUACCUCCACAGUAUUGCUUCUGCCUUUACAUCGCAGCGAGAAUGUUUUUAAUCCACUGGCGCUACUACCUUGAACGUCCGCUAGGCGACGAGUUCUGGUUUUUAUUACAGAGUCUGGAAGAAGUCUCUCGACGGUGGAAGGGCACUUUUGGGCGACCGGAGGCUCAAACCGUUGACCUAGCGGCAAAAUAUGCAUCAAAAUUGCAGCACAUUCAUCAGACAUGUACUGCUGAUGAGACAUAUCGAAUCAAUGUCGUGGGUUACACUGAUGAGGUUGACCAUGGUUGUCAAACAACAACACCCGACGGUGACAGUAACCUUGUAGCAAGUCAGACUUCACUUGAUCAUAUAGGAAGCGACAUUAAUCAAUGGGUGACGUAUGCGUCAUCUAUUACUGGACCGAGACAGAGCAGCCAGAUCAACGGAGACAUGCCACCUCCAGGCAUACCAGCAGUUCACUCUCCCGACACGAUUGGAGACAAUGCUACAUUAUAUGCGAAUGUCUCAAAUGGUGUAAUACCAACUGAACCAACUGGAAUACCGGAAAUGCUUCUCGACCAAGACUUCUUAAACAUGGAUAGGGUCAUUUCAUAUGACGAUGGCGCCAUGUUCUCAGCAAACCUUGAUGGCGGGAGCUGGUAAUGACACGUCCAACUUGGCUGUUUUAGUGACGUAUAUGUAAUCUAUCUUAUAAUGGUA